AGAGAGAGAGAGAGAGAGAGAGAGAGAGAGAGAGAGAGAGAGAGAGAGAGAGAGAGAGAGAGAGAGAGAGAGAGAGAUUCUAAUACAUGCCAAAAUCCAAGUCCAAGUUUAAUUUGGCCAAGUAUAGCCUGUUUGUGAUCUUUUGCCUGUAGGUGCCUCUGGGGGCAGUUAGUUGUGUCUACAAACCAUUUGCCAUUGUUGCACCUCCCUAGCAAAGCAGGACAUUUGAUAUUGUUCAUUAAAUAUCUUAAUAUAUAGCCACCACAGCCAAGUCCGUGGUGCCUGCAGGGUGAUAGGCAGUUGAGUAAAAGAAGUGAAUUAUAAAGUCAAGUGCCACUGACUGCGCGGUUAUUUUAUUUUGUUUAAUAUUCCCUGACUGCGCGCAGUGCUGCUGAGACUCGACAGUGCGAGCGUCAAUAAUGUAUGGAUGCUAAGAGAGUGGUUUCUGGAAGAAAAAUACAGCUGUGGACAGUAUUUGGCAGAUGCAGAGAUUUGCAAGGACUGUAUCGUUAAAUGAUGUUAGUGGACUAGCGGUCUUCGGUGAAAUAUAAAGGAGUAAAAAGCCAGGUGUUUUCUGUGAGGAGGAUUCAUGCUCGCUCUGCUGUGUACAGCUGCUGCUGAUUCCCCCCUGGCCGGUGAGUAACCCUCUCUCUUGCCGAAUCUCUACAUAUGGGAGACACUGGACCGUAUGGCGUGCUAUUACCUUGUCAUCAGCUCCACGCAUCUCAGCAAUGGCCAUUUCCGAAGCAUUAAGGGAGUUUUCAGGGGGCCCCUCUGCAAGACUACAGGGACUGAAUUACCGGAUUAUGCUGAAAAGGAGAAAGCCAUAGCGAAAGCUCUGGAGGAUCUGAAGGCUAAUUUCUACUGUGAAUUAUGUGACAAGCAGUACCACAAACACCAGGAGUUUGACAAUCACAUAAAUUCCUAUGACCAUGCUCACAAGCAGAGGCUGAAAGAAUUAAAGCAAAGGGAAUUUGCUCGCAAUGUUGCUUCCAAGUCCUGGAAAGAUGAAAAGAAACAGGAAAAAGCACUUAAGCGCCUCCAUCAGCUGGCUGAGCUACAGAAGCAGUCUGAAUGUGGUCCUGGAAGUGGUCCAAUGUUUAGAGCCACCACAGUUGCCGCAGACGACCAGCAGCAGGAGAGAACAUUCACAGACAAGGAUGAUGGGAAUGGAGAUCGCUACAUACUUAUUGGAGAUGGAAACUAUAUGGCUGGCACAACCUCCAAUAACCCACUGGAACUUCCUGUCACCAGAGAACAAUUGCACAAAUCAUUUGGAAAGAUUGGUAUACAGUUAGCUACAGAUUUCAACAACCAAAGAGCGGGGGUCUCAUUUUGCUUCUCUAAAAAGGCCCAGAUGAAGCUAGAGUCAUCUGCAUCAGUUUUCAGUGACACCACAGAGGAGGCCAAUGAUAGAGAAGAGCUACACAGUCAGAAAGGAAAGCAAAUAGCUGAAACAUUUCGAGCUCACAUACCUUCACCAGGAGAUCCUGCAGAUGACAAAGAACCAAAAGAACAACAGAUGGACAACACAACACAAAACAAACAGGAAAAAGACCCUGAAUUCUACCAAAGUGUGACCUCACAUAGCAUAACUGACAAGGGAGAUUCUCCCUUAAUAGUCUUCACUGGAUCUUUUGAAAACACUGACUUAGACAAAGGACUACCAGGGUUAAGCCACAGUCCUGAGGCAGAUUUAGACAAUAAUGAAUCUAAUGCAUCCAACUGUUUUGCAGCAAGAGAUAACAGCAGUAAAGACACACAUGCUGAGGGAGACUCAAGCUAUCAACAAAGAAAGGUUCUCAUUGAGGAGUUCCUUGAUACUGAGCCAGGCACACAAAUGACCUUUGAUUCAGACAAGGUCAAACCUGAAGAAUCCUUGGGCAAUAUAAGUGUAGCUUAUAUGAGUGAUGAGUGUGCUUUUAAACAGGGAUGUGGGGAAUCAAGUAGAGUGACUAAAACAAUAGGGCCCUUCCUUGAUGUUCUAAGCAAAGAUGGAGCUACGAUGUUGAAAUGGCCAUCUGAACUGUUACUGCAUACUAAGACUGAACCCUGCAUUUCAUAUAGUUGCAACCCUCUAUAUUUUGAUUUCAAACACUCAAGAAAAAAGCACAUUACACAAGAUGGCACACUGUCAGUAGAGACAGAAUACUGUAAUGUAGACAUGGUGGAUGAAGAAAGCAAAGAAACUAUUGUUGAGUUGCAAACUCACAAUCAGGAAACAAAUCAGUCAGAUUUCUUCAAACCAAAGAAGGAGAAACAUUACAAAGCACACCAAACCCUGAAACUAAAAUUAGAAGCUGUUAACAAGGCAAGCAGUAGUUGUAAGCACAAUAUCAAAUCUAAAGAUGGAAGAGGUUAUAGACAACAUGAUGUGACACACAAUGAAAGCGUGAAUGCAAAAAGGUUUGGCUUUAAGAAACGGAAGAGAUCUCUAAAUGAUGAAUCUUCAAAUGAAAGUGACGUGGCAGAGCAAAGUAAAAAAAAUAACAAUCCAUUUUCCCCUUCAGAGGAUAUCGGCCAAAAUUUUAAUGAAGAAGCACCUGAAAGUGACUGUCGGUUGAAGGCAAAGAAUAAUUUUUUGGACUUUAUUUCUAAUAGUGGAGAUUCUAAAAAGGAAAUCUACAGAAAGUCUCUUAGUGAUAAGUCAAGUUCCUAUAGCAGCUAUUCGGAAAUGGAUACUGAUAGCGAGUCUUCGAGGUAUUCAUCCUCUUUUGAUUCGUCUCACAGGUCAUCAUCAGAAAGAGGUUCCAGUUACUCCAGAACUUAUGGUGUCACAUCCAGUGGCAGAACUUACUCCAGUUGUAGAUCCAGUGAUGAUAGUACAAGCAGCAACUCACAUCAUUGUUCAGCCAGAAAGUCUCAUCAAGAUUACAAGAAUACCCAUCGGCAUAAAAUGAAAAACUGUUCCUCGUCUUCUGAGGAGACCAAUGAUGAUGAUGAGUACUUCAGAUACAGCAGAAGCAGGGAUAGGAAAAGAAGCAGGGAGCAUGGGACAACUCAGAGCCGAAGUAGAACUUCACACAGUAGCAGCACUUCUGGUCAAAGUAGUGACUGGAAAAGAUGUUCCAAUCCACGUUCCAGGUCCAGUAGAAGAAGCCAUCGUUCCGAUAAAUCCGGAUCUAAAUCUAGGCAUUCAAGCAGCAACAGUGACAAGAAGUUAAGUCAGAGGAGGUCUAGGUCAUUUUCGAAACUCCCAUUAGCUAAGAACAGAGAGACGGUUAAGGACACAGGAAGACAACACCAAACUGAAACAGGAGAUCCUGCGCAGAACUGCAGCAGAAAGCAUGCAGUCAAUUGUCAUAAGAAAAUGUUUCCAGCUGAUAAAACUAAUGAAGGAAAAAAUCUUCUUGAAAAAUUCCAUCCCAAGGAACCUUAUGAAGAGAAGACACAUCCAUCAAAAGCAUUGAACAUAAGCAGUGUAAAACUGAAGGAUCCACCCCAGGUUUACUUUGGGUCUCGAAUCCCAUCACUGCUCACCAACGCACCAGCAUUACCCUUAAUUGGAAAAUUGCCUUCUGCCAAAAAAAGUUGCAAGAAAGAUGAGCACAAUAGAAAUAAAAGCAGAGAUAAAGUGGAUGUUCAUAAAAGCAAUGCAACGGGGGCUCUCAUUGGUCCUAAACAGUCUGAGACUCGUCUUCCUGAAGGGGAAGUCACAGAGUGCAAUCUUCAGAGCUCAGAGGUGGUGCUGAUUGAAGGGCAACUGCUACACACUGAAGGAAAUGAACUCAGUCUACAGAACUACUGCCCGGUCCUUCAAGGACUGCCUGAGGCAUGUUCCUUUUCUGUUAAUUCCACUGAGGAGCAGAAAGCCCAGUUAUCGAAUAUCGGAAAACACUUUGCUUCAAGGGAAGGCUCCCCACAGUAUCCUUUAAAGACUAAAAUGCAGAACAUGGAGGAAACAGAGCUUCAGUUUGAGAACUCAAAAUGCGUUUCGCCGCCUCUGACUGAACAGCCCAUAACCUUCACACCGGAUGAAAUCGACAAGUAUAGAUUGCUGCAGCUCCAGGCUCAGCAGCAUAUGCAGCAGCAGCUGCUGGGGAAGCAUGUGAAGGUACUACCAUCUCCUACUGAGGUACCCACUUUCAGCCCUGCGCCGGCCUUUCAAACAAUCCCUAUUCAGCAAACCAAUCCCAUUACAAGCAUCCGCCAGGCGCUCAUUCAGCACCAUGCGCUGGCAGCCUUUACAUCUGCCCUGCACCCCCAUGGCAGCCUACAGCCCUUGGCACACAUUCACCCUUUCCCUCAGCCACACUUUAAUCGCAUUUCUCUUUCCCCAUUUGCUCCAGCAAUUUUUCCUGCCCACCCAGCUGCUCUGCUGGCAGGCCACCCCUUGCAUUUUGUUCCUGCGUCCUCCUUCCACCCAGCCCAUCUGGCUCUUCAUCCAAUGCCACACAGCUCCCUUUUUCCCGCCUUAAUAGCUCCUAGCCCAGUCAUGGCAGCUGCUGCUGCUGCUUCUGCUCUCCAUCUACACCCUUACUUUCAUACUCUUUUCCCAGGGCAGGAUUUGCAGCCCCACUCUGGCCCCAGCACUUGAGUGCACACACACCUCUUAGUGAAUAUGUAGCUGUGGCCAAAAGUUUUGCAUCACCCUAUGGAAUUAACUAAAAUUGAUUCAUAAAGUUGAAUGAAACAUAUACGUUAACAUAUUUAAUUACAUGCCGCUUUGUAGUCUUCCAUGUAAUUAACGAAAAACUGACAAAAAUUGAAAAAUGUGACAUUUCGUAAUCUAACAUGAAAUACUUUACUACUAUUAUGACUUUUACGAUAUCAUUUUGUAGUUUCUUUGAUUACAUGAUGUUAAAUAAAAUAUCUAAAUUAUGUUCAUAUAUUUUUUUUUGUUUGUUUUUUCUAAUCCUAAAAUUCAAGGUGAUGCAAAACUUUUGGCCAUAGAUGUAUAAGAAAAUGUUAGAAGUCUCUAUAUUGAUUUACUGACUAAAACUGACAGCAUUUUGACCCUUGACAGCCAUAUAAAUAUUGUGAGGGUCUGUGGCUCCAAUCUUUGAUUGAGGCUGCGACCGAAGUAUUCUUUGUGGGUUGUGGUUCCUGUAUAGCUUUUCAAAUAAAAUGUAUAGAUGAUGGAGAAAUCUGUUGGUUUCUGAAGAUGCCUUGUGCACUACAGAGUUUUCCCAUCUUGGUAAGGCCACCUACCUUUAUUAAAAAUGCCUAUUAUAGGAAAUAAUACAUAAGGAUGUUUUUUCCUCAGUGUAUUUUGUUGGCCUGUGAUAAAGUAUAUAGUAGUAUUCUUUGUUUGGAGAAACUUGAGUAUAUAUUUUUUUUGUUUCUAGUGCUUUAUAUUCUAGAGUGUCAGAAAAAUAAAACUGUUCAUACAGUUUAUGUGACAUAUUUUGUUAUUACCUGUAUUCGUGCAAAACAUCAACACACACAUAUUUUAUUUUUCCCAAAUAGAUUUCCUUGUGUUUUUCAAAACUGAAACAGCUGCUAUAAAGGCAGGAUAUACAUUUGGAUUUCAGAAAAGUAUUUUAGCAAAUGUAUGUUUUUUUUUGUGCUUUGCAUCGGCACAAAACACUGAAACUGACUACAGUGCAGAAUAUUACAGAGGCGUUAAAGAGCAUUGAAUGGAAUUUAAUGUGGCACAUAGGCAGUUUUAACAGGGUUAGGGUUAGGUCAAAUGUAAACGCAGCAUGCAACUUUACAAUUGUCUUUUAAACUGAAUGUAAUGAGUUUAUACUUGGCUGUUUACAGUAGUAUGGUCAUUUUAUUAGACAAUAUGUAAACACUUGUAUUUUUAUGUCAGACGAUCGUGAGCAGUCAGCAAGUAAACUGAAUUGCACUGACUAAUGUACCAGUAUAUGAAAUGCUGCUUAUUAGGCACUCCCAUUUACAGGAUUGUAGUAUGAUGCAAUAAUAUAUUUUUCAAUAUAUAUAUAUAUGUACUGUACUUUGUAAUGUAAAUACGAUUAUUGCUGAUGUGAGGUGCACAACACUGUAAGAUAUUCUGUAUGAUACCCUUUUAAGAUCAUUUUUGUUUACUGUUAUUUUCUUGCAGAUAUUUGUUAGUACUUAAAAGUGUCUGUAAAGGAAUGUGAUGGAAAAAUAUUAAAGGUUAAUGUUAUUUGAACAAUAAUCCCUUUUUUAUAUCACAUUACUUAUUAUUAUUACACAUAGUAUUUACAUUGUAGAACUGCCUGACCUUCUAGAGCUCACAACCAACUCUCAUGCUGCCCUGCUCAACAUAGGGUAUGUGCUAUUUAACCGAGUUCCUUUUUAACAAGAGCAGAUAACCAUACACCAGAAAUACACCUUCCUCACAGUAGAUGCACAAAUCUGUGUAAAAUGAAUAGAUAGCAAUUAAAAAAAAAAAACUUUAACUAUGAGUGAAAUUUACAACCAUCCUAAAAAAAAAGUGAACGACUUGUUUGAACUUGAGUACUACUGAAAAGUGAAGGGGCCAUGCAAAAGUCAUGAUAAUAUAAAAUGAUAUAUAAAAUAUAUUAGGUCCGUUUUUUUAAUGAACAACAUGUUAGAGAAAGCUGGUUUGUUGAAGGUAGUAACAUUUUCAAAAUCCUCUUUGAGGUUUGAAAUAACCAAGCUUAAAUUUACUGCAACUAGUUUGGAAUAAAACUUCUGGUAAUUGCACUGUAGAGCAGCUAAACGUGAAUAUUUUGUAGAAGAUGCUUUGAAAACAGCCAUUACAGCAGAAUAGACAUCACUGACAUAGUGCUCUAAUUUAAGGCAUAAUUUACACCCCUGAAAUGCAUAGAUCCAUACAUCAAUGAAUUUUGAGUAAAAUCAGGCUCCUACGAAGUCCAUUGACUCCCCUAAUUAGUCACUGAAAUAUAAAUUAUAACCAGGCUGAGGCCAGGGGGUUGGCAUCUGGUGAGGGUAAUGGCUAAGACUUAUGACCUUCAAUGCAACAGGCCCAUGCUGUAAUUACUGAGCUCAUAACAUGAGGCUAAUGUUUUGCCUUCAUGCCAAAACCAUGGGACAUAAGUUCAAUAGUAUCACAUGUAUUAAAAAUAUACAUUAGUUGCAACUGGUGCAAAGAAAAUGAUAUUUCCUCUACUCGGCACUGUGUGUGGACACCAAAGACAUGUUAGAGUUGUUUGACUUCUUUUUUCUUUUGCAACACAAAGCUGUUUUUUGUUUGUUCUAAAACCAUCAAACCCAUUUGAUUCUGGUCUGCUGCCAAAGGAAACAAUCUUAAGUCUGUCCCAUUGGAAGAUGGCAUAAGUAAUACAGUUGCAGACAAAAGUAUUGACAGUCUAUGCCUAUUAUACCAUAAUUCAAGGUAACAGAUUAAGGACAAGUAUUAAGUAAACUUUAAAACACUUUAGAAAAACAAAAAAAAUAAUCCAGACUUAUUUCAUUUGAGGCAUUCGUUCAUGAGAAAAAUAUUAACACCCCUGCGUUAGUGUUUUUUCAUGUGUCCUCCUUUUCUUCAGCUCAGACAGAUUGGAUACACAAUGCUUGGCUACAGCUUUUUUAUUUAACUUUCUAUUUAACUGUGCGUACUAGGUUUUCUUCAUUGAAGGCUUUCCCUUUUUUCUCCAAACAUACUGUGGUCCAGUUAUAUUCAAGUCUCAUUGGACCAGAGAAUUUUGUUGAAUAAUGUUUCAGAUUCCUGUUCAUAUUUCUUGGCAAAUUAUAGACAGUUUGCAACAAGGUCUACAUGCAUACAACUCUUCUGUGUUCAGAUACCUUUGUACAGUUCUUUCAUGCACUAUAAUGCCUGAUGCUUCUAAAUCUUUCUUUAAGUACUGUAGCGUGUGGGUCAUAAUAUCAUUCUGUGUAUGAAAUUAACAGAAAUGGAUUACAAAGGGGAGUCCUAAGCCAUUCUCUGUGUCCACUUGGUUUCUUUUAACAAACUCUGCCACUGACAAAGAAUGCUUUUAAAAAGAGUCAUAAACUAAAUACUGGACAAGUGAUUUAUCUUCACCAGCGCUGAAUAAAUUCUGUGGCACCGGCGGUGUCUUUCAAAAGGUGAAACCAGACGGUUUUGGACUGCCUUGACACUAUUGAGAGAGAACAGGACCCCUCAUAAAUACAACUGACGGGGCGAAACAGCGGACCAACUGAGAACACUGGGACUCUUGGAACGAGAACAACAAAUGGUAAACACCCCACUUGGACACGAGCACAGCCCACAAUAAACAAACUAUCCAAUCACAUGGGUGGAGAGGAUAACAAAGAACCAGCGUGACUUUCAAACAGUGCUCCCCACACUAGAAACAGAGCUCCCCACAGGAGAAACAGCGCUCCCGACAUGAAACCCAAGGCUCCACACACAAAUUCUCUGAACUUUGACAAUCAGGAGAAGUGCUGAGGAAGUAGUUAUGACUCGAGAAAUUAACUGUAGCAAAUGCUAUCAAGUUAGUGGAUAAACUGUUCUAGGAAUAGAAUAUAACUUCCUGUUUUAGUGUGUAAGAAAUGUAUUUUGUUUGUUGAAAUGUGCAACUCAAAGGAGGUGUCUCAUAAAUGCAGAGAAUUUGAUCAUUGCCCCAUUUCUGAGUUAAUUUGAAUAUAUAAUCAGUUGAGGUUGAUAACAUAUUAUUAGUUUGGUAGAUCACGUCCAAGCUAAAUAAAUUCACAUAGUAAAACUAAUUUGCUAAAUUAGGUACUGGAAUGUUGGAUUCCGUUCUGAACGGGAAGUUGAAUUAAUUCUCGUGCAUUUUGAUAUGAAACAUGAUCGAUUAAAACGAGAAACGAGUAUUGAAAAUACUAAUGCAAAGUAGACACUUUGUGUGAUCAGUCAUAAUUAAUAUUAGUGUAUUAAUCAUGUAUGCUAAUAAUGUUAUGGUCGUUGUAAUCGUUUGACUAUGGAAUCAAUGAACUGUACACUAUUGACGUAUAUCUCUAACCAAUCACCUUUCCUUUCUGUAAUAUUAGAUUAGUUGUACACCCUUUCUAUUCUUAAAUAAAAUAUUGUUUUAUAUUUCUGACACGUUGCGUGAAUGUCGAUUAUUGUCAA